AUGGCCAAGUUCUUCCCCUGCAUUAUGAUGAUCAUUGCAGUUGUGUGCUUUGACGCAGCAAUUGCCUCCCGCCACUUGAGACCGGCUGCUGACCAAGCGCCCGCGCCGUGUGCGAUGCACUUGCAGAGUUCAAGCUCGGAUAGCGUCGGCAAUGAUGGCUCGUUGAACGAGUCGGGCACGAUCUCCAUCGGAAACAAGGUGUUCAACAUCGUGGAUGAGGGAGACACGAUGACCAUUGGUGAUACUAAAUUCAGAGUUUUCAGCUAA